AUGGCAUCCGCUGGAGUGGUGCAGUACGACAUCAUCGGGGACGACGAUACGGGUAUGAGCGAAGCUAUCAUACAGAGUAUCCAAACAGAGUUGGAACGGAAUCAGACGGAGCUAGCGAGGCUGAGGCAGUUCCGCAGCCUGUCGGGCCUACUUCGCCCUGGCUCUAGGCUGCGGCAGAUGGAAUCCUGCCAGGAGCGCAUAACAGCCUUGCAGAGCAGGUUGGCGGAGGAAGUGUCCGCCAGUCGAGACCGCUCCGUCGCGGUCUCUCUCAGCAUUGACGAACUCCUUAGACGAGUCGACGAGCUGGAAAUCUCGGUGCAAGCUACCGGCGGGAACCAGGAUCCAAACAUCGCUGACCCGCAGCAUGACCACCACCAAGGCGAGGCGGAGGUACGCGCUGAAGCCGACCCUGUUCCCGUACAUGGGCGGGACAUGGUACGCGGCUUGCCGCCCUUGAGAUUCGUCAGACUCUUAACUGGUGUGAACGGCAUCGCUGCCGAAGUCCAGCCUGUGAGCUUUGAGAGGAUGCGUCAGAAUCCUGCCGGAGGCGUGAAGGAGGGCACAUCCCAGCUCAAGAAUCUUGCCUUCGCUGAUCCAGAUUCUCUUUAUAUACCCCACAGUUAUCUGCACAUCAAGAAUAUUCGGAAAUGUGGGGUUUUCUUCACGGUGGGAUUCUGCACGUGGAGCACCCUCCAUCGCGCUGGCGAUGAUCAACCCGAGAUCUGUGUUACACCAUCGCAGACGACGUGGCCUCGUCUGUGCUCCGUAGUCGGAGCCGUUCUUGACGCGAAUUGUCUUUACACGUCGACCUUCCGGAACGGCGUGGCGUUUUCGACUACGCGCAGAAAAAAUGUGGUCAACGGCACACCGGUCAAGCAGCCGCCGAAACACCCGCGCCUGAUACCAGGCAACGUACAUGUGGAAGUCUUCGAUGGCAGGAACGAGCCUUUCGAGCUAUCCCAAUAUCGCCAACUUCCACCGUUCCCCGGCCCAGUGCCACCGCGAACGGCUGUAGUUGUGAUAUACACCAUAUCGCGCUAUCAGUAUAGAGGCCCUAUUCCUGCUGCAGAUCUCACCUGGGCGGUUGGCUUCAAUGUGCUUGACGUGGUCGUCGUAGCAAAUCCACAUGAAUGCGUGUGGGACGGGCCUGUCAAUGACCACCAUGGCUAG